CACGUGACUGAGUAGGACGGUGUUCGUCUCUCGGACUUCAUUGGCUCCGACGUCUCUCUAGGAUAUUAUCCCGAAAAUAAGGCGCUCAUUCUAGUCGUAGGAUAUCCUCGUUUUAAAACUGAUUGUGUAGCGCAUUUGGUGUCGAUCAUUUGGUUCGUAAACAAAUAUAUUUUGUAAUAAAAUUCAUAAGGAGACGUUAAAGAAGAUUGCCAGAAAGAGAGAGAGGGGGGAGUUUGGACGUUUAAUGGAAAAAAAAAAAAACAUUAAGGAAACGUUUUGGUUCUGGCGAUGAAUUAUAGUGAGGAAUGUAAAGGCUUUUAUUCCAGUAAAAUAAGACCGGUGUGAUGUCACUUAAAGAUGCUCUUUCAGAAUCAGUAGACACGGCGAUGGUGAUGAAAUAAGCUUAUGGUACAUGGAACGGCAAUAAAUUGUGUGGAAUAUAUUGUCAGGAUGAUAAAGUUUCCGUAACGUCAUCGUACCAAACGAGGAAAGUAAUUGAACAUCCUUAAUUUGUUGUAAUUCAAUUAAGUAUUAGUAUAAUACACAGGGAGGCAUCAAAAGGAAAAUUAAUAUACAUGUAAUUUUUUUAAUAUUCAGCUCUGACCUCUCGUUACUGUUUUGACGUAGAACGAACAACCUUUUUACAAAUCAUCUUAAGCAACAACCAAAAAUGAUCCAUAGACUGAAAAUUGAACUGACAUCAAGCAAACGCAAGUAUGUUAUACAUGACCCAUAGUAUAAUUUUACUUUGUUUGUAUUUUGCACUUGGAUACCACAUAAGAAAAAAAGCCAUGAGUUUAUUCGUAUGUGACAAUCAACAAUAAAUUAAGAUAAAGGCCGUUUCAAAUUUGCUUGGACUAGACAGUGGUCGACAGAAAUAGUAAAUGGGAGUGAAAGUGGAAAUGCUACAGAAGUAAAACAUGGAAUUAGCUUGUAAGUACGUUGAAAUCAACGUGAGCAAUUCACAUUCUUCCAAAUUUCCCUUCGUCAGGGAAACAUAAGAGCAGUGAUGGUGCUUUUUAGAUGAAGUGAGAUAGAUUAGAGGCAACCUCUUUGCUUGAUAAGCGGAAAAAUGGCUCCAGAAUAAUUAAGAGAAGAAAUACAGAACAGUAAAAACGAAAAGAGCAGCAGUAGCCUCUGCUACUGUAUCCUUGACAACGGAAGGUCGUUUGUUUGUAAUUUCUCGAGUGCCCUCCCGCAUUCUUUUUCAUAGUGAUGGUGAACACAUUGCUCAUUUUCGCUAUGGUGACCGUUUGGUGGAGAGGAGUUGAGGCCAGACCGAACUCCUUGGCUAAUGAUAUCUUGUCAAGAUACCCAGGACAGGAUGAUUAUAUAACUCCCACAAGAGCCGUCUGGACAACCGUCGGAAGUCGGGCGAGUCUCUUCUGCAACCUGUCGUCCCCGAUAGCUGAUGACCCGGCCCUGCUCGUCCUGUGGUACAAGAGAGGAACACACAAGCCAAUUUAUAGUUUUGAUAUGCGUAACGGACCAGCUACUCACUGGAAGAACCCGGAGUCCAUAGGAACGAGGUCCACCUUCGAGCCCAAUCAAGACGCACUUGUCGUCCAGCGAGUCCUGGUGGAGGACGAAGGAACCUAUAGGUGUAGGGUGGAUUUUAAGACGAAUCCUACUCUUGAGUACAUUACCAACCUCACAGUUGUAGUUCCUCCGAGAAGAUUAUCUAUAUUCACUGAUCUUAACGUGGAGGCGCGAAGCAUUGUCGGACCUUACAAUGAAGGCGAUGACCUUCGGUUGAUCUGCCGAGCCAGCGGAGGAUCGCCACCUCCAAGAGUGACCUGGUGGGAAGGAGAUACCCUCCUGGAUAUGACCUCAGAAGUCUCGACGCUAGAUCAGGUCUCAAACACAUUAUUUGUCCCUCGGCUGACGAGGCAAGACCUCGAUCGUACCCUGACUUGUAAAGCCUCUAACACAAAUCUCACGGUGCCUCUGAUCACCACAGUUUCCCUCGAUAUGAGUUUUCCACCUUUAUGGGUCCGCCUUCUGACCAGUCGAGACCCGCUGAGUGCCAACAAUCCUUACGACGUGGCGUGCCAGACGGCAGGGGCCAGACCGGCAGCCAGAAUCACCUGGAUGCUGGGAGAAGAGAUACUCACAACUCAUGAGGAAAAGACAAGCCAUGAAGGAAAUGUGACGACCAGCGAACUGCGAUGGACUCCAAGAGUCUCCGACGCCGGGAAGUUGCUGCAGUGUAGCGCCGAGUCGCCAGACUUGCACGAGCCGCCUCUUGUUGACAAAUGGACCCUGGAUAUCUAUUAUGUGCCCAUAACAAAGAUACGUCCAGGACGCUCUCUGAACCUAAGCAAUAUCGAAGAAGGCGACGACGUCUAUUUUGAAUGUUCCAUAGAGGCCAACCCUUGGGUGUACAAAAUCGUCUGGCUGCACGAGGGCAACGAACUCCACCACAACGUGUCGGCUGGCGUCAUCAUCAGCAACCAGAGCCUGGUUCUUCAGCGAGUGGCCAGGACGGCCUCUGGCAACUACUUCUGCGUCGCCUCCAACAUCGAAGGGGACGGCACCUCCAACGCCGUCAUGUUAAAAGUCAAGUAUACUCCGGUGUGUCGUCCGGGACAGCUAGUGUACCACGGAGCUGCCAGAUAUGAGCAGGUGAACAUCCCCUGUCACUUGGAGGCUCAUCCGAAGCCGACGGCUUUCACCUGGACAUUCAACAACAGUGGGGAAAGCGUCGACAUUCCACAGAGUCACAUCCAGUCGUCUGGGACCUAUUCGACCGUCAGCUACACACCAAACACAGAACUCGACUACGGAACCUUGCUUUGCUGGGGAACCAACGCGGUUGGUAAACAAAAACAUCCCUGUGUCUUCCACGUAUUUCCGGCAGGCAUCCCCGACCCUGUACAUAACUGUUCGGUAUUCAACUUGUCGGUGGAGUUGGUGAACGUGAGGUGUGUGGCUGGAUUCGACGGCGGUUUGGAGCAGACUUUCAUCCUGGAAUUGUACGACCCUCACACCAAUAAACUGGUGGCAAACACCACGAAUGGAGUACCAACAUUUUCGAUAUCGGGGCUACCACCGGGCAUGACAUUCAUGGGGGUCGUGUACUCCACCAACGGCAAAGGACGAGGCGAAAUGGUGAAUCUUCAGGUAUACACCAUCAAGGACGUGGCCGAACGACGCACAGCUGCGGUGAAGCCGCUGCCCAAGGGGAACUUAUCCACCGAGCGCGUCAACGUGACCCCAAUCCUAGCGGUUGUGUCAGGGGUCGUAGGAGGGCUCACGAUCGUGGUCAUAGUCAUCUGUGUCGUUCUGCGAGUCCACUUCGGCAGGAGGAACAGGCACGACGCCCACGUGGCGCAGGGAAUGUCCGGAUGCCGUCGGGAUCCCGUCGAAGGAUUGGUUGACGAGGUGCCCCCUUGCCAGUCCAAAAUGAUCAACACUUCCCUGAAGGAAGUUCCCCCUCCGCCGGCGUCUCCGAAGGACAGUGACGAGAAGAAUCCAGAUGUUAUUCCCCAGUCAGAUUCAGAUUCAUGGCACAUCGAGGGUGUCAAUACGAUAAGCUCAUCGGCAUUACCGGCAUCGUACGCUUCCUUACCUCGCUCAGCACACAUGUAUAGCCAGCCUAAUUACCAGGUUUGUCCAGGAACUAGUGACGUCAACUACGCUGAACUGAUGCUCUGUGGCCCCUCCCCCACCACGGCAGCCACGAACCCCACAGGAACUCCUGCGUCACACCACCGAGACACACAGUCCGUGGUCUAUGCCACACUGGACCACAAACACCUUCACAACCCAUUUCCGCACAGCCAGAUCCCUUUCCCUCACGUAUCCUCAGCCAACAACACGCCCAAGCAUACCCCGCGUCAGGCUCCUUCUUCCCACAGUCACCACCCUCAAGUGCCCACCCACAGCGGCCAUCCUCAGGGCUCCCAACACACGAUGCCUCAGGAGGUCACGUGGUCCCACUCCUCGACCCUAGGUCGAAGGCACUCACUCAGAAGGGACCUGCUCCACAGUGACCCAGAGGCCAGUGUGCCCCUAAUGCCGAACCAAAAAGAGAGCUCUGUAUAAGGUUAAUGACUUAGAUGAUGGCGAUUCCUCCGGCGAUCCGUCGUUGUUCGUCAUAAAUAGGUGUUUCUAUGUUCUAUCAUUUAUAAUACAUUAAAUACGUAUUUAAAAAGGAUAUUAAUUUUGAAAACAUGAAUGUUGUGUCAUGUUACAUUAAUUGUUCUGGAACAUGUUCAGUGUCUGAACGACAGCGUUGGGCGCUCGGUGUUGUUGGACGCCAGAAAUAUGGAUAUUUGGAGCUCGAGUGGUGGUACGUCUGCCGACAUGGAAAGGAUCCUUUGAUACGAAUGUGAUACAUCUUCACGAAUUUGGGCUCUUCAGUUCUGGUUUUAAAGCAUUAUAUAUGAUACCUAUCAUUCAAACGUCUUCUUCCCGAGAUUAUCCAUUUGAGUCAAGUUGGGUUUGAUCCAUUCUCAUUAUGUCAUUCAGAUAAAUGAAAAAUAUAAUGUUGGAAUGAUUUUUAACUUAAUUAAAUCUUACACCGAGAAGUGAAUUGAACCAAAUAUUCCUUCUUGUCGAUUGUAAUAAAUAUUCUUUAAGUAAUAAAAAAAUACCAAGUGACUCAAGUGAUUUAUUAUCUCUGGCAAGAUGACAAAGUUAUUAUUUCAUAUUUCUACCUCUUUAUUUUUUGGCAGCGCAGUUCAUAAAAUUAAUGUCCGUGAGUGAGGCAGCCUAGUAGAAUCCUACGGUCGAAACGAACCUGAAUCCCUCAGUUUGUGUUAAGAUGUCAAACUCUUGAUUUAAUUUUCUAAAUUACCAUUGCAGAUAUCUCUCAUUAAACCUACAAUUCAAUUUGCUUCUGGUAGUGAUAACAGAAUUCUGAACCCGUCAGUAAUGGAGAAAUAAGGAGUAUUAUACAAUUCAAUUGGAAACAUUUUGACUGGUGGAGACACCAAUACUUUCUUCUCUCUCCUGAAAAAAUACCUUGCUGCAUUUAAAAUCGAUAACCUUUGGUUUGAUUACCUUGAUGGUAACAAUCCAUUAUUUUGCACUUCAUUUUAAAAAUCUGUCAUUUGUAAAGUUUAUUUUACAAUAAUUAUAUAACAAUUGUACUCUUUGUAUCAUUGUAAACGAGGUGAUUCUGGACUUGUUUAUUUUAUAGUUGUUUAAAUCAACGACUGAACAUGAGAUAUCCAGUUAUGUUAAAUUUUCGUACUCAAACUUAAUCUGACUUUGUUUUAGACUCAAAACAAAACAGGAUAUUCUUUGCGCUGAGAUAAAAGGUCUAUGAGGGCUAAUCGAAGACUGUUGAAUUGUCUCUCGAGACGAGUAUUGAAAAGAGCGAAAAUUAUAG